AACCAUUUGAGUAACGCGCUACCUGAUCUACGAAAGCGUGACUGCGGUGACAUAAGGCGAUUCGUUUGUGCAUAUCAACAAGCUCCGAUGGAUAGCGACAAAUCCCUUUUCCCACAAUCCACUGUUUAGCUGCAGUCAUAAGCUGCCUCUUGCUUGGUGCGUCUACAAUUACGUAUUGUUUGUAAGCCGGCUAAAUAGGACAUAAGAGGUACCGAUACUUGCAAAUAAAAUUUGAUUCAAUGAAUCCUUAUCCCCAAAACAUCUGGUGAAUUUUGAAUUUCUGGACAGCACUAUUCCUUUUAUCGAAAUGGAUCUUGUUUACAAGCUUUACAAAAAUCAGGAAUCCUCAUAUCUUCCACGUAAAAUCCUCCAAUCCCUAACAUACUCUUUCAUGGGAUUAGCUUCAAAGAUAGCUUUGUCACGUCAUCAGCUAAACGUUGUCGGUUCGGAACGCCUUUUAUUGGCCAUUGACAAAAGACCUAGUAAUCAGCCUUUGAUUACAGUCAGCAAUCACCAUUCGUGUCUUGACGAUUUUUUCUUGUGUGGUUCGUUGCUUAAACUUAGGCAUUUUGCUAAUGUAACCGUAUGUCGUUGGUGCUUGACAGCUGUAGAUAUAUGUUAUACAACUUCGCUUCAUACCAACUUCUUCUUCUGGUUCAGAGGAGUUCCUAUAUGGCGAAGGGUUCGUGAUCCGCUAUCUGGUAAAAUAACUCACUUUGGUGGGGGGGUUUAUCAACCUAGUAUGGAUUUUUGCAUCAAUUUACUAAAUUCUGGCCAAUGGGUACAUGUAUUUUCCCAGGGGAGAAUUAUUCAACCUCAUGAACGUGGUUCUGAAAAAAAUAUUCGCCUGCGUUGGGGAAUCGGACGAUUGAUAGCCGAAUCAAAAGAAGAUCCACUUGUAAUUCCUGUUUGGCAUUGCGGUCUAGAUCAACUAAAUCCUUCUGAGGUUCCGAAUACGUCUACUACGCUGUCAUGUAUAUUUGGAAAACCGCGUCAGCUGAUUGUUGUAGUAGGUAAACCAAUCGAUACCCAUGGUUUACGUGAAGAAUUAAAGAAUAAUUCAUCUGAAUAUUUGGCCUCAUCAGAAUUUCGUUCACAUAUUCACUCUAUGUAUACUCAGGUUGUCCAAGAACAGCUAUAUAAACUCAAAGAAGAAGCCGAAUGUGAGCAUCAAAGACUAAAUCUGAUCUAAAAACUGUGAAUAGCUUUAUUAGACGUCUACUUUUUUACCUUAUAUUUUUAGAAUUGUCAUAAUGAAUAAAAAGUUCUUCCUACG